AGGAAAGAUUCUUGUAAGAAUGGACCCAUACAUCUCUAGCAUACAUGAGGAUUCUUUACAGAUUCCUGAGUAUGGAAAAGUCCCUCAAUAUGAGAAACAGUUAGAAAAUCAGGAGAGUAGGCCCAUAGAAGAAAAAAAGUAUAAGUGCAAUGAGUGUGGAAAAAAGUUUGCCCAGAGUUCAGGCUUAGUUCGACAUCAGAGAAUCCACACUGGAGAGAAACCUUAUGCAUGUGAUCACUGUGGAAAAGCAUUCAGUGUGCGCUCAACCCUCACUGUGCAUGAAAGAAUCCACACUGGGGAGAAGCCUUAUGCUUGUAAUGAGUGUAAGAAAGCCUUCAGUGUCAGGGCACACCUGAUUAUACAUCAGAGAAUCCACAAUGGAGAGAAGCCCUAUGACUGCAAUGAGUGUGGCAAAGCAUUUAGCGUGAGCUCAGACCUUAUCAAACAUCAGAGGAUCCAUACUGGUGAGAAACCAUAUGAGUGUGAUGAGUGUGGGAAAGCUUUCAGCGUGAGCUCAGCCCUCAUCAAACAUCAGAGAAUCCACACAGGAGAGAAACCAUAUGAAUGUAAAGAGUGUGGAAAAGCCUUCUAUGUGAACUCAGCUCUGAUUAAUCAUCAGAGGAUUCACUCUGGAGAAAAGCCCUAUGAGUGUGGAGAGUGUGGAAAAGCAUUCAGUCAGAUCUCAACCCUUAUCCAUCACCAGAGAAUCCAUACUGGAGAAAAACCAUAUGAGUGUGAUGAGUGUGGGAAAGCUUUCCGAGGAAGCUCUAAUCUUAUCAAACACCAGAAAGUACAUGCCAAAGGAAAGUGUCACCAGUGAUGAAUGGAGUGAAGACAUUCUAGAGAGCUUUUGGUGCCUCAAAAGAAGAGUAUGAAUGACUUUUUUAAAGUGCCUUGAUUGACUCUUCCUGGGGAUACUGGAGAAGUAAGAAGUCACAGAAAUCAGAUCCAUCAGCAUAGUGUAAGGCUCUGAAAUCAUGUCUGCUUAGGUGCAAGUUUAUAACUAGUAAGGAUAGAAGUUUGCAGAGUGCUUUGGAUAAAAAUAGCCUUCAAGGAUCAUCAUUGAAAUAAUGUCAUAUCCUACCCUAAAUCAACA